UGCAAACAAUGGCGACAACAGACGGCGACGUUUUAAUGCUAGAAGCGCCACCGGAAUCUCGACCGGCAGUGUGUAGUAGUGCUGAAGUGAUAGAUGCUUUACCGUACAUUGAUGAAGACUACGGUCAUCCCAACGUUAAAGAUGAGGUUGACCGUUUGGUUGAAGAGGAGAUGCGCCGUAGCUCCAAAAAACCUUCUGAUUUCCUCAAAAACUUACCUCCUCUUCGUAAAUUCAACUUCCAGAAUCACCCGAUGCUUGCGAGGGAAUAUGAGCGAGUGAGAGCUGGAAAGCCUCCGGUACAGAUAGAUACUUCACGAUAUGGACUUGAAGUUCCGCCUGUGAACAAACGCAAUGACGAAACUGCAUGGAAGCAAGCGCUUCAAAAAGCUCAGCGUUUACUGCAGCAUCAAGUGAUCAGGCUAGAAAAUCUGGAUCUAAUGUCAAAGCAUGGUCCUGAUGUUUGGAAGCUGUACAAUCAACGACUGGAGGCAUUUUUAGCCAGAAUGCAAUCACAAGGUGUUGAACUGAAUGAAAUGAUAGAAACAGUAAACAGGGAAAGGAAAUAUCAUCAGCAAACUACCGCAUAUGAGCUCAAUGCAUUGUCCAUGCAAUGGAGAGAGCUCUGUCUGAAAAAUAUUGAAAUCCAAUCUGCAUGUGCGGAACCAGAAGAUCACAUAGCACAACUGAAGAAGGAGGCUGAAGAGAGGGGCUGGAAUUUGGAGGCUAAUGUUGAGAAUGGCACUAUGUUGUAUGCAGAAUCAUGAGGUGUAGGUCACGUAAUCACGAAGAUUUGCUGCUGCUUGACUUAGAUGAAGAAGUUGGUCAACGAUCCUAAGCCCUUGCUUUAGGUCGGUGUGACAAGGUUUGACCGUGUUUUUUGUUGGAAAUAUUCUCUGUUGGCCAUUGUUUUCCAAUUUUGGCGAGGAAUGUGUCCAAUGUGGAAAAACUCACUCCCUGCUUCUGUAGCUCCCAGUUUCUAUGUGGACGUGUUCAUUUCUUAUCAUGGUAACAGUUAUAUUAUGAAUAGCUAAUUUUUGCCAGUCAAUGUGAUUUUAAUACAGUAGUUUUUUCCCCCUUGUAUUCCUUUUUGUUAAAAGAAAAAAGGAGACAAAGAAGGCCCUCUCUGUUCCUUGAAUCUUUACUACUA